AUGACUCUACCAACCAUCAUGAUAUUUCUGUACUUCUUACUUCUGCAACCGGCCGCGGCCGACUCUGGAGACGACUUCUCCAACAAUUUGUUUACAGACCUCAGUCCGCUCCUAGCUCUCUUUGGAGAACGCGUUACGAUGCAAUUUCUGAGCCAGGCAAUGGGACUCUCCGACUGCAUUAUUCUUGCAGUGGCACCUCUCGGCAUCAUUACGAUUAUUGUCGCCGCGAUUAGAGUUAGUGGUCCGCCAUGGCUCAAAGCAUUGAUUGGGAGAGCAACAGAGGGCAGCGCAGCCGCCGAGCUGGAACUCAUGUCUUCCACUUCCAAAGAGAUAGGCGAACUCUGGAAUGGCACAGAUGUGGUUCGUUGCGCAGGGUCAGCUCCUGUCUGGGAGUUCAUUUGCCUGCUGCCCAGUCAAGGAGUGCCCAAAAAUCCAGUCAUCACAAUAAUGAGCAUGGAGGAUGCCGUGAAAAAAUCCUACAUCACACAAUUGGUUUUGAAUAUUGGCAUGUUCAUCUGUUCGCGCGUCGUGGAAACCAGUACAAGGGAAACCAUGUAUCAGCCAAAAGAGAAGUGGCGAGCGCGGCUGGUAUGGUUACAGCGAAAGAAGGCCAUGAACGAUCAAGAGUUCAAAUCUUUUGCCCUCUGGACAGGAGAAGACCAGCCGGUUAUUAUCAAUUCGGAGAGGAAACCUCAAAACGAAAAGGCAAAGGAAGCUAAUGACGAGCAAUCGCAAUCGCAAUCGCAAGACGCAAAGGAAACAGCCCAUCAAAAGAUAGCCCUGGAGUUCAUGACGGUAAUAGGAACCGUCACCAGCCUAGUUGGAUUCUUCGCCCAGUUUAUCAGCAUUCGGGGAAUGCAUUGGUCCGUUUCUAUUGCUUCUUUGAUUGCAGUCUUGAUCAUGACGGCCGUGAGGGCAUGGGUUCGUCGUGGGUUAACAACAACCAUAGAGUAUGAAGUUCUCUCGCCGGGAUUUGAGCUCGACUGGUUUGCGCAUUCAUUGAAGAACAUCGAAAAGGCGCCUUGGCUCGCAAAGCCAACCGAACCUGUUGGGGAGGAAAAUGCCGGUCUCACAAGCGGGGGGAUCACGUCUGCUUCUACCGUACGAAGCGACCAAAACUCUACGGUACAAAGCUCAGACAUUGUUGAAACGACAAAAUGUAUCGAUCGUCGCCAUCAUCUUGCAAAUCUUACGGAAUGGAGGGGGCCAAUAUCGCAAGAAGCCAUUACAAUUACGCUGGCUAUAGAAGCCACUAUGGACCUGCUGCAUAGUAACUAUAACCUGGGUAGCCUUGAUGAUGAAGAUUUCACUUGGGGUUAUAACAUAAAGACUUUAACGGACGAGCAAGAGCUUCAGUUCAAAAUAGAGAGGCAAGGGGAUGGCAAAUGGAAAGCGGACGCAGGAGAGGUCGAGGCGGCACUGUCACUACGACUUUUCUAUGCCAAACACCAGCAUGGGGCCGAACUUAAUGGGAUCGAACUGUGUCCUGGCAAAACUGACAAUUCUUUAAACGAUGACAAGUGGCUGCGUGCCAAAGAGAACAUUCUCAACCCGGGAAUCAGGAUCCUUGGCCCACAUACAAAGCGACUGCAACGACAUCUCGAGUGGUGGGUACCCGAGGAUGGGCCAAAAGUUUGGAAAGGAACAGCAAAAUACAUCAAACCAGAGGACAAUAUAUCUGACGAUUCAAGAAGCAAGCAUAUCAAUGACAAUAGGAACAUUGAGGUUGAAAACUCGAGAGUUGUUGGCAUUGAUCCAUAUCGAUACAGAAUUGUCAGAGAUGCCGUGUCCCAACAACCACAGAGGCAAUCCGAUAAUGCACCAGAAGAGGAAUCACAAUCUUUCAUAUUAUUUUCAGAGAGGGGAGUGGUAUUAGAACAAGAUGACCAGACCGACACCAAACGCCAUUUACAGUUCUCGCGCCCCUACUACAGGGAGUCUCGGCCAGGGAGGUGGAAGUUCAGAUUACCAGAAAAGAACAUAUUUUAUCAAGAAGAAGAAAGAGAAGAUCCAAAAGAAGAAGACGGUCAACCAUCGGCAUACAUCAAAGGGGAAGACAGCGGCCUGCUAUUCAUCAAAUCUCAAGACCCAUUGGAACGCUUAUACGCCAAAGACAUGUUUUCAACGUUCAUGUGGGCCGCGGUGAAAUCGCUAAAGAGAUCUAUUGACGGCAAGAUAAAAAUACACUCAUCGCAAGCAACGUUAGAUAAUCGCGACCCAUGGAAAGGCCUGGCUCUCCGUCACAAUGAAAUAUCCAAAUUGGCCAUGGCUAUCCAGAGCACAAGAUUAUGCAGCACAGAGGAGGCUUUUAUCAGCAUCAUUUCGCCUCUUAGCAUGCAGAAAAAACUGCCUGCAUUGGAUGUCAUCGUUGAAAUGGUGCGAGACCAUGCAAAAGAAUUCGAGAAGCACCAGGCGUGGGAGGAUGCGAGCAGAGUAUACUUGCAGCUUGGCAACCACUUGGGAACUUUUGAAGUCGGAAGUUAUACUUAUGUCCGAGCUGUUGCAGUCUUGGUGGUGUUUAAAGAAGCGAUCGAAGAUAUGAUUAGUGCUUGCAAGAAAGAUUAUCACUCGACGAUUUCUCACUCUGAUCUCAAGAAUCAGCUGGAGUGGACAAUGAGAAACGUCGACGCAGAGCUUCAGCAGAAUCUAGAGUCACUAUACAGAUUGGGAAAAGGCGAUAUAUUGCUUGGUGGGAACAUCAAGGAGAACUUCCAAUCUACAUACCCAGAUUUGUUACUCAGGUCAGCGAAUGUCUACAGCAAGAUACAAAGCGGCGUUGAGGAUCAGGAUUUGAGGAAAGAGAAAGACAAAGAUAUCUUCGAUAGGACACCUCUUCACUUUUGUGCGGCGUUUGGCGAAGAUUUGAUUUCCGAAGAUCAGGGGCAAUCCCAGAUAUUCAUCUCCAAUAUGCAGCAUUUGAUCGAGGGGGGCAGUGGUAUAAAUGCGUGUGAUAUACAAGGAUGGACACCGCUACAUUACGCCUGUCGCGCCGGCAACAUCAAGAUGGCCCGGUUCUUGCUCGAAAAAGACGCCCAGUUCGAUAUACAAGGUCGCGAUGGUACAGCUCCAAUUCAUUGUGCAGCAGAGGGGAGCCAUUUCAUGAUAGUCAAGGCUCUGCUAGAGUAUGGAGCCAACAUUGAUAUCGCUGACGGGUUUGGAGACACCGCCCUUCACAAAGCGGCACCCAAGGGGUCUAUCGAGACCGUUGAGACUUUACAAAAACACGGCAAUCGAAGAUUGCGAAACACUCAUGGACAAACAGCGAUUCACAUGGCGGCCAUGGGGGGGCUGUUUACGGCAAUUUACCACUGGGUAGAUGAUGUCAACUCCAAAGAUCACAAAAACAAAACACCGCUUCACAUUGCGCUUGAAUCCGGCAGAAAAGAUUUUGUGAAACGGUUACUUGAACUCAAACCUAAACUCAAAGUUGAAGUCAACACCAAAGGCGGUGGUAAGAAUCGUACGCCACUCCACAUUGCUUGUGGGAUGGAUGAUGUCGAGAUUGUCAAGGCUCUCCUAAAUGCAGGAGCAAAGAUAGAUGACUUGGAUGACGAAGGCAUAACGCCAUUGCUUCGUGCGGUGCAAAAGGAGAAGCAAAACAUUGUGGAGUUACUCACGGAGAGAGGCGCCGACCAAGAGAUUCGUGUGAAAGGAGCAACAGCGUUGCAUUUUGCUGCAAAAACGGGAAACAGAGCCAUCUUCGAGCAUCUGAGGAAGAUGAGAGCAGAUGCUCCUUCCGGGGCGAUAUGUUUACCAGGAAAGCUACUACAUGCGGCAAGCCGCGGAAUUGACAACAAUGACAUGAUACGACACCUUGUCGAAUUUGGGGUUGGAGUUAAUGAGAUGGAUAGCGAAGGCAGGACACCGUUGCAUUAUGCGGCGCUUCACGGCAAUGCGGGGAAUAUACGACGGCUCGUCAGCGAGGGGGCGAAUAAGGAAGCCAGAGACAAUAAGGGCUAUACAGCCUUGCAUUGUGCCACACAGUAUGAUGAUGAUAGGGAGAAGGCAAAAAGGUGUCUUCGCGUGCUCAUCGAGUCGCCCCAAGCCGAUAUAAACGCCGCUGAUAAAUGGGGUAAAACAACUUUGCAUUUGCUAGCCAUAACCAAGGAUUUGGCAGACAUCAUACCAGAUUUUAUCAAAGCAGGUGCUAAAAUCGAGGCGGCAGAUCAAAACAAGGCAACCCCAUUACAUUGGGCUGCGUUGGCUGGAUACAAAAGGGGUAUCAAGGUACUCGUCGAUCACAAGGCAAAGGUCGAGGCUUUGGACGAUUUGGAGAAUACGCCUCGAAUGAUUGCAGAAUAUCGCGGCCUAUCUGACUGGUGGGAGGAAAGCGUGUCGCCAAUUGUAGAGAGGCUAAAGAAGUCGAAUCAAGAGGUAGAGGCAGAGGCAGAGGCAGUAUAA